GGCAGGGCCGGGAUGGGGGGGCUGUGGGUCGGGAGUGAGGGGCAGCGGCAGAGCUGGGGGCAGGGCCGGGCUGGCAGGGGCUGUGGGUCGGGAGUGAGGGGCACUGCCCAGCGGUGCGGAUCAUGUUCUUUCAGCGCCUUCUGGGCUGUUGCUGGUUUUGUGCCCGGGCUCCGGGGCCUGGCUCCUGCGGCUUGGGGGGCAGGCAGGGGGCCUAUGCUGAGCCUGUCCUCCCCAUGCAGCUGCCUUGGGGGGAGCCCGUGCCUGGUGGUGCUGGGGUGCGACGGCUUGGCUGGAGAGCGCCACUGCCGGGCUGCCUGAAGCCGGCUUGGGAUCCGCGCGGUGGGCCCAGGCCUGGGUGUCCUCUGGGCUCCCCUGCCCCACACCCCUCCCGUCUCGGGCUGUCGCUGAUCGCUCUGUGCCCUGGCGUCUCCCUCUGCUCCCUGCAGCAUUUCCUCCAGCUGGAGCAGAUUGGGGGCCAGCUCAGCGCCUCGCUGCUGCACUCCCAUGACACAGAGACCCGGGCCACCAUGAGCAUGGCGCUGGCUGGCGACGUCAUCGCGGCAGGGCAGGAUGCCAGCUGCCACAUCCUCCGCUUCCGCCUGCAGAGGCCCGGCGAGAACAGCAGUGGCAACAGCGGUGGCAGUGCCCCCAGCAAGGCUGGUGGUGCGGAGAAGGGCCCCCGGAAGCGAAGGGCCCCCAACCCCUCUGAGGAGGGCGAGGGCGACACGAGGAGUGAGACGGGCGAGGUGGCUGUGGAGACGCUGUGCAACGUGCAGACCGACUUCAGCCCCGACGCGCUGCAGAAGGCUGUGCGUGUCAGCGCGGACCAUUCGCUGCUGGCCACGGGCGGCGUCGACGGCUUCCUCCGAGUCUGGGAGUUCCCCAGCAUGAAGAAGGUGUGGGAGUUCAAAGCACAUGACGGGGAGAUUGAGGACAUUGCGCUGGGUCCCGACAACAAGGUGGUGACGGCGGGCCGGGAUUUCCAGUGCUGCGUGUGGCAGAGGGACCAGCUGGUGCUGCGGCUGCGCUGGGACGAGAACAUGCCGGGCAUCCCUGACAAAACCUACCGCUACCAGGCCUGCAGGUUCGGGGUGGUGCAGGACCAAGCAGAGGAGCUGCGACUCUACACGGUGCAGGUGCCCCACAAGCGCAGGCGCCGCCCCCCACCCUGCUACCUCACCAAGUGGGAUGGCAAAAGCUUCCUGCCGCUGCUCACCCAGCCCUGCGGGGGCGAGGUCAUCUCCUGCCUCUCCAUCAGUGACUCGGGCACGUUCCUGGGGCUGGGCACCGUGACAGGCUCGGUGGCCAUUCACGUCUCCUUCUCGCUGCAGAGGCUGUACUACGUGAAGGAGGCGCAUGGCAUCGUGGUGACGGAUGUGGCCUUCCUGCCCGAGAGCCAGCGGGGCCGGGAGCUGUUGGUGGAGAACGAGGCCGCCCUGCUCAGCGUUGCCGUGGACAGCCGCUGCAAGCUGCACCUGCUGCCCCCAAGGCGCAGCUUCCCCGUGUGGCUGCUGCUGCUGCUCUGUGCUGGCCUGGUGGUGGCCACCAUCCUGCUGCUGCAGCUGGCCUUCCCCGGCUUCCUGUAGCCGUGAGGAGCCCCGCGGGCGGGGGGCUGGGCUCCAGCCUGGCCCCGGGGCCAGCGAGAGACUCCCCUGCCUCGAGUACAGCAGGACAUUGCUCCAGGGCUGCGGGAUCCUCGCCUGCCUGGUCCUGCCCAGCUCCCCCCAGGACAAUGUGAAGCAGCUCAGAGACCUGCAGCCCCUUGACCCCACGCCGGGUGCUCUUGCUCAGAGCCUGGCCCUGCCCUGCCCACCCCUGCUGGAGCCAGGGGGCACAGGCCACUGGUGAGCCACCCGUGGGGGGAUGUGUGCUCCCGGCGUCUCCCCGAGUUGAGCUCUCAGUGACGGUGAGAUGUUCUGGCUCGGCCCGGCUGGCUCAGCCAUGGCACGGGGCUGAGAGCUGGCUCUGGGGGGUGGGGAGAGCCCAGCUUGUGCCAGUCGGCCCCAUGAUGCCCAUCCAGCUGUGCGCCAGCGGUGCCAACCUGCACUCCUGCAGCUCGCUGGCUGCCAUUAAAACUGGAGUCUGA